AUGUAAUAAAAGAGGUCUGAUUCUAUACGAAAAAAUAAUUUAUAAGUGCACUAUUAACAACCACUUUAAUUGUAGUACUCAUCAUAGCCUAAACAAGUACCUAAAUAAUUUUAAAUUGAUAAAAUUGGGAAGGAUGCUGCACCUACAAUCAUUCCUGCAUUAAUCGAUAUGAUCAAUUAGGAAACUGAUGUGUAUUAUUUAUUUGACUCUUUUCACUCUAUAUUGAAUUCAUUGAAAUAAGCAGAGGAAGAUACCAAGAUUACAUAAAAGAACAAGUAACAUACAUUAGAUUGGUGGAAAGUUACAGGAUCUAGUUAAAGUUGGACAGGUGUAAGAAAUAUUCAACAACUUUCAGAAUCACAUAUGAAACAAUCAUCUCGUUUUCUUGAUAGUUAUAACAGCAGAGGCUCUGCAAUUAUCGAAAAUCUGAAACGUUAAAUAGGAGAGUUGACAGAAGAACAAAAGUUUAAGCAAAACUCUCGUAUGAUAGGCUUGGUUACAAUCAAAUUAUUUGAUGAAUAAGAACUCUAUGUUGAAAUGUCUAAGUAAGGGAGAACUUUGAUUACUGUUUAUCAAGUUUAAAAUAAGUUUCAUAAAUGUCACAUGGGUUUUUGCAUAUACAGUCUUUUUGGAGACUUACAAGAAAAAGAGAGCAUUAUUAAUAAAAUGUACGUAGCUAAGUGGCACAGAAAAAAUGGCAACUUUUUAAAUAUUGUUACAGAAUUUAUUUAAUAUAUUAUAAAAAAUGAAGGAGUGAGCAAAAUUAAAACCAAAAUAAACUCAACUUAAGGGCAGCUUAUUAGGCACCUUCAACAAUUAAGCUUUAAAUUAGCUUCUACUGUGCCAUUAAUAAAUUAAAUUAAAGUACUUACAUUUGUUCUAAUCUCAAAGGAAUUUAAAAUUUGA